GAAUGCUGCAAAACACUGUUGAGGCAUCUUAUGCUAUCAUGGAGGAAUUAAAUGGAAGUGGUUCUUCUCUUGGAUGUCGUGGACUACAGCGUCGUCUUUUGUCACAUGGACUCGUGGUUUCAAGAGAACAGGUUUUGGCCAUUCAAAAGGAACUGGACCCUAUUGGUGUUUUGGAAAGAAAACAGAGGCGUCUAAAGAGAAGAGUAUAUCAUAACAAAGGCCCUAAUUAUCUAUUGCAUGUCGAUGGAUAUGAUAAGCUUAAAAGAUUCGGUUUCGCAAUUCAUGGAUGUGUUUGCGGAUUUUCUCGACGUGUGUUGUGGCUAAGAGUAGGCAGAUCAAACAAUGAUCCCAAGGUGAUCGCCUCAUAUUUUUUGGAUUUCUUAAGAGAAUUGAGAGGAGUUCCAAGGUGUAUAAGAUCAGAUGAAGGAACAGAAAACUGCAUCAUCGCUGAUAUUCAAAGGGCUUUUCGGUGGUAUCAUGAUGAUGAUAUGGCUGGAGAGAAAAGUUUUCUUACAGGAUCAUCACCUUCAAAUCAAAGAAUCGAACGAUGGUGGUUGUCCAACAAACAAGGUGGUGGACAAUUCUGGAUUGAAUUUUUCAGCAAUUUGGAGCACAUGGGAAAGUUUUCUACCUCGGACCAUGUUCAGCUGGAAUGUCUACGAUUUUGCUUCACAAAACUUGUGCAGGAUGAUCUUAAUAGGUGUGCUCAGGAGUGGAAUCAACACAGAAUUCGACACACAAAGUCUGCUGAAUUGCCUGGUGGAAAACCAGACUUGAUGUAUUAUCUUCCAGAGUUAUACGGUACACAUGAUUUCAAAAUGGAGAUAGAUAUGGCUGAUGUGGAUGCAGCUGAAGAAUUUUGCAUUUAUCAAAGUGCUUUUGGGUGUUUGCCAGAAUUUGAAGAGGAAUGUAAAAACAUUAUGUUUGAAAAUUCGCUGUUGUUGCCAACAAAUCAUAGUGAAGCACUUGCAUUGUAUGAAUGGCUCGUAUCUUACUUUAAUGCAUGAACAAGAUUGCUGAUGAACACCAUGUACAAAUACAUGUAAUGAUAUGAAAAAGAGUUAUACAAUAUCAUUCUUUGUAAAUUGAGCAUACAAGUAUGUUUUCAGAAAGUUGCAUUCAUUUAAAUAAAAUUAUCAAAAUAAACUUAUUGGAAUAAAGUUAACAAAUUAAGGAAACUUAUUUUUAAUGUAGAUGAUGGAAGGUCAGUACAGGAUGAUUUAAAUUUCCAAAAUCAACUUAAAAUUAUUUACAAUUGCUCUUGGCCUUUAAGUUUCCAGUUAUGUACCAACUUAUCUCCCCUGCAUCUUUAGU